AUGGACUACAGCCAAGCAGCGGUGAAGCUGCUCUGCGCCCAUCUAAAGCACGCAGUCGAAUCCCCUCUCGACAACGCCAUGAACCUCGACGGCAUCCUCUUCCAACGCGCCUGGUUACAGGGCAUUCUGGUCUCCGCCUCCCCCGACUCCGACCGCUUCCUCCUCGACGAUGGCACCGGCCUCAUCGAGCUUUGCCUCUCUCCCGACUUCCGCCGCCGCUCCUGGACAGUGGGAAUGUAUGUAUUGGCUCUCGGACGCUACACUCUCCGUACAGAUGAGCCCCCAAUGAUUCAGAUUCACAAGAUGGUUGAUCUUUCGGCCUCCCCUGAUCGAGAGGCUAUGUGGUAUCUUGAAGUUUUGGAGGCUUAUAAGCUUUUCUAUCAGCGCUUGAUCGACGACCCUAUGCAUGAUUGA